ACAUGCAAAAGUUAUAGGAGGGUCAAAAUUUAAAAGUAGGACAGCCUAGCGUUCCAAUUCCAAGGUCCAAGCCUCCAAGGCUGCUCCCAGCAACUCGUUUCUUUCUUCGAGAGAGGGCAAAAACCGGCAAGGGGAGCGAAGCGGAGAGUCUCGAGAGCAAGGGAGCGCGGUGACGUCAUCGUUUUCCAAGGUUUCUCGAUCGGCUGCUAUGGCGACCAGGGCGGCGUCGAGAUUCCUGCAGCGCAGGCUCCUGUCUUCCGGCGGCAAGGUCCUCAGCGAGGAGGAGAAGGCCGCGGAGAAAGUGUACAUCAAGAAAAUGGAACAAGAGAAGCUGGAGAAGCUCGCACGCAAGGGCCCCAGCUCAGGAGAGCAACCUUCGUCGACUACAGUCUCUGCAGCAAGUGAUGUGAAGACUGGGGCUGGGCCAACAGAGUCAGCGUCUGCAAACGUGUCUACCGACAAGAACAGGAACUACGCUGUCCUGGCAGGCACAAUUGCUGCUCUGAGUGGCCUGGGUUGGUAUCUAUUGUCAAAGCCUAAGAAGUCGGAGGAGGUUGUGGACUGAAGAGGGGGUUACGAAUGCGAGCUGUGGAUGGUUGGCCUUAUAUUUCACCAUGGUUUACUUUCUGCGCACACCUUCUGGAAAUAAUUGUUGAAACAUACGCUGCAGUCUGCAUUACUUGUUCUGAGGCCUGUUGCAACACCGAACAUUGAAGUCUGUACUCGAGACGUUCCGUAGUUCUCUCCCUCGCUUGACAGGUUGCAAAUGUUGAGUGAUGCUUGUCCUACGUCGUUGCUGGAGAAGUGGAGAGGUUUUUUUGG